GGGCGGGCGUUGCUCGGCCGCACCUCCAAGCUCCACCGUCCUGGCCCGAGUGAGCACGCGGGAGCCUGGCCGGCCUCCCGAGUUUUAAGGAGCCGCCGUGACCACGUGCACUCUGGAAUCAAGGCCAGAGGCACGAAGAAGGCAUCUAUUCUGAGGGGAAGAACUCUGUAAGGAUGGACCCACAGCAGCAGGCUGCCAGCAUGCCUAAUGGGGAUAUGUUACAGGUUCCUGAGUGUGAGAACACCUCUCAGUAUGUGAACCAGGUGCAGAGGCAAGAGGUCUGGGCCUUGGAAGGGAGGCGGUACACUUGCAGUGAGUGUGGAAAGAAGUUUGCCCAGAGCUCAGGCCUCGUUCGCCAUCGGAGAAUCCACACUGGCGAGAAGCCCUACGCUUGUGAUCACUGUGGAAAAGCCUUCAGUGUGCGCUCCACCCUCACUGUGCACGCGAGGAUCCACACAGGCGAGAAGCCCUACACUUGUAACGAGUGUAGGAAAGGCUUUGGCGUGAGGGCACACCUGAUCAUACACCAGAGGAUCCACAAUGGGGAGAAACCGUAUGAAUGUAAUGAGUGCGGCAAAGCGUUUAGUGUGAGCUCAGACCUCAUCAAACAUCAGAGAAUCCACUCUGGGGAGAAGCCCUAUGAGUGUGAUGAGUGUGGGAAAGCCUUCAGCGUGAGCUCAGCCCUCAUCAAACACCAGAGAAUCCACACGGGAGAGAAGCCAUAUGAGUGUAAGGAGUGUGGGAAGGCCUUCUAUGUGAACUCCGCCCUUAUUAACCACCGGAGGAUUCACUCUGGAGAAAAGCCCUAUGAGUGUGGAGAAUGCAGGAAAGCCUUCAGCCAGAUCUCCACCCUUAUUCAUCACCAGAGAAUCCAUACUGGAGAGAAACCGUAUGAGUGUGACGUGUGUGGGAAGGCUUUCCGUGGGAGUUCUAAUCUUACCAAACACCAGAAAAUACAUGCCAAAGCAGAGUGUCGUCACUGAUUUCUGCGGCAAAGAUAUUCCAAAGGCCUUUUUUUUUUUUUUUUUUGCAUCAGAAGUUAACACCAAAAGAAGCACAUGGAAAAAGUUAAUGUUUUAACUGGUACUCCGUCUUUUGGGAUAUUCAGCAAACAAAUCAGGGAAGAGUGACUCCAGAAGGAUUAGUUAAGGCUCUGAAAUCACGUCGACUUCUGUGAACGCCCUUUUUACAACUCACAAGGUAAAGCCAUUUAAAUAUACAUAUACCAUAAUGUUUGUUUUGGUUUAGUAAGAGCAGACUUCAGUAUUUCAAAUAUUGUUUUUAUUUUCUGCAUGUGCAAGUCUCCCGUUACUGUUAUUGCUCUUGUUGUAUUACAGGUAAAACCUGCUAAGUGUUGAAACUGGAAGUAGUGUCCAUUGGUGGGACAGGAACCGCACAUCCUCAUGGUGUCUGGAAACAGGAACUGAUGGGCCUUCCUUUCUUUGCCUUUGCUCUAGCGGUAGCUCUUGGGGGCAGUUAGGUGGGUUAGUAACCUGCUUGGCAGAGAACAGACUACCUUUUUCUUUAGGUAGAAAUCCAGUAGAUAAUUUUUCAGGGUCGGCAAAACCCAGGACUUUUGACUUGACUGAGCUUCCUGAACCCAGACAAACAAAACCAAAAAGCCUCUCUCAAAGUGUCAGGUACUCCGAACCCUUGGUUUGGUGUUUCUCAAGUGUGGUGGGGCAUUUACAGACUCAAGAGGGACACGGGCAGGACAGGCUUGGAAGCUGUUGUUGAGCUGAGGAUGGCACUGGUUUUAGGGCACCCUUCAAGGAUCUGUGUGAGUGACUCCUUGAGUUUGAGGCCUCGUUCCAACCCGGAGAGCUCUGAUGUGGGAAGUGGUACAGUUAAUGAGUGCAGUUUGGAAACUGUCUUUGUUAUGUCUGGAAAUCCCAGUGGAACUGUUCAUCAGAAUGUACCCCAACUUUCUAACCCCAUCUCCAGACCUAACCCCAAAGUUAUAUAUGCACAUAUGAAACUCAGGGAAGAGACAUGGACUUAAAAAUUACUUUGUUACUAUUUUUGAACGUUAAUAGUGAUUUCUGACUCUUGGGUGGCAGGCCUGGAAUUCUUUUGAUCCCUGAAACUCAAUCACGGGAGGUUCAAGAUGAACACCAAUUUGAGAGAAAUUGCAGAUUGAUUUGGUCUUCAGUGGGACCCUGUGUUGAAAAGGAUACACAGUCUCCAUGAUCUCACAAGCAUCUCAGGCUAGACAGCCCACAGACACCCUGGACUCCACGAAGCUUUGAGCCAACUUGUGCCGUAAGGCCCUGAGAUGCAGGAUGAAAGUGGAGACGCACAGCAUGAGGUCUGAUGGUGAAGGACUUCCACCACAGGGUGGAGGCUCGUAGACACGCUCUUCUGGGAGGAGAGAACGGUUCUGAGGCGGGCACUGAAGCGAUGGCGCACCUCGCCCCACCCCCGCGCAGCUGAGUCCUAACCAAUGCUAUACAUAGGAAAGAAGAAAAGCUGACAGAAGUGCCCUAAACAUCCAUUUUGAGAACUUAAAAAGAACACACAAGAAAACAGCCCAAAGAAAGCAAAAAGAAGAAAAUACUAAAAAGCGGAAAUUAAUGGAGAAAUGAGUGGAUAUUCUUUACUUAGGACUCCCCCGUGCGAAAGCCCUGUUUCUCUCAUAGGCUCCUCUCGUUUGUUGCAUUUGACUCCUCUCUGCCGCUAAGGAAAAGGUCCCUGCUUCAAGAUCACCCUGUUCUUUCAGGGGGUGACUCCUGGCCCGAGACCAGAGUCCAGCUCCAGGCGGAGUGGUGCGGAAGCCGGGCACCGAGGACGAGGUGGGAGCCCCUCGGCGCAACCACCGCCUGCGUGCUUCAGGCCAACGAGUGUCCUUGUGACAGGGGCACAGGCCUCGCUGAGCGCUGUCUGGCAAGUGUCCCUCUGCCGGAGACACUGGGGAGACUUCGCCCUGAGGUCCCCUCCGGACAGGGGAGGGGGAGCGGGAGCGGGGCGCCCCCUUCACCUGGCGCACCGUCUCAGCUUCUGCUCCAGAGCCGCCUCUCCGGAUCGGACAAACCCGGAGGCGGCCGCCCUGACUGAGCCCCAGCAGACUUGAGGCAGCCCUGUGAGGCUUCCGAGCCGGGAAGGACCGGCGGUGGAGGCCCCGGGCCCGUGGCUCUGCUGAGCAGAGGCCGCGUGAAGAAGAGUCCGCGAGAGGGGACUGUGGCAAAGCCUGCAGGGACCCGGCGGUCCGGUCAGACCUCACGGAAGCUGUGAGGACCUCCUCGGGCCGUCAGCGUUCCGCGUGGGCUCGGUUCUCCUCAAACAGAAGUGACUCGCUUUGGACAGGAGUGAGUAGGUGCGAGGCCUUCGUCUGGAAGCAGCGCUUGUUGCCGGAAAGGCCGCAACCGGAAAACUGUGGGAAGGCCCUCCCGCAGAGCAGGCUUCUAGUGGGGCAGGGCCCGCUGGGGCGAAGCCCUGCGUGCGGCUGCUCGGGGCCUCGAAGCUUAGCUCAGUUCUCCGAGCGCGUCGGGGAUUCCGAGCGGCUUUCAGUGUGAGUGAUGCGGCAGGGCCUUCCGUCAGUGCAAGUCUUACCGAACACCGGCCUGUGCUGGAGAGAAGUCCUCUGCUGGGGCAGGCAUGAACUCCUCUCUUAGCAGACAUCAAAGGAGACACAACCAAGCUAAACUUGAGUUGUCAGAUCAGUGGUAAAGGUGUGGUGCGGGACUUCUCCAACGUCAGGCAUCACAGUUAAGAAGGGAGGGCGUGCAAUUCUUGACCGCAGGGUCCCGAGGUCGAGUCCUACAUCGGGGCUAGAGAUUAUUAAAUAAAUAAAAACUGUAAAAACCAAUUGCAUACGAUCACUUUAGCAUUUUAUGGAAUUAAGAACAAUGUUAUUAGAGACUUUGUCAGCUCCCUUCAUGGGGAAAGUUGAAUUAGAACAUAUCUAUGUCAGAUCUCUAUGGGUAUUUAACUGUCUUUGGCACAGUUAGCUUUCAUUUUCUGUAGUAAAGGUGGAGAAUGAGGGGAAGUCUUUAUUCACAACCUUGGAGGAUCGAAACAUUAUUACAUUUAUUUUUGGUUUGGAAUUCAUGAUGCUAAUUAAAAUCGUUUUUCUAAGAAUGAUUUUGACAUUGAUUCCUGUGACACAACAAAUAAACCUUUUCUACCAGA